CUCAUCUUUGGUUGAAGUUUAGUGUCCAGUGAAGUUUCGUUUUUUUCUUUUCGUUAUAUAUAUAUUUUUACUUUUUUGGUUUGUUUCUGUAAAGGAAACGACAACUAGUUAACCUUAAUUUUAUGAAAGAGGACACAAUGUGGCAAUGGACAAACUAGAUGUUGUUCCCGACACAACAAGUACUUAAGCAUGAAGAACCGAAGAAAUAAAAGUAAAGAAUGAUGUAAUCCCUACGCUGCCCGGGAAAAAGCAUCUUUUGUCUCAAUUGUGCAAUGGUGUGAAAGAGUUUCCCCCAACUGCAAGCUAUCUUCCAGUGAAUUAAACGUAGUGGAUGCAGCUUGCCGUUUGGCAAAGACCCUGUAUUUAAGCACGGACACAUAAAAGGGUAGAGUUUUCUUUGAGUGAGCCAGGCUUUUCUUUACAAAUGGGAUCAGCUUUUCAUCUGCCAAGCACUACCAGGAUGACAUCAUCCGUCGCUGCCACAAUGAAGCAGUUCAUCUCCGGAGGACUCUUCUAGUUCCGUCACUGCCGUGGACUCGGAGAGCAGGCCAGCGAGUGCGAGAGGAGAGAGCGCGAAGAGGGGCGGUCAGGAGACGCCACUGCGGGUUCGCCAUGUCGGAGCAGCGCAGCGGAGUGCGGGACAUGGGGGCCGAGAGCCUGGUGGCCCUGCUGGAGGGUGGGGCAGACAAGGUGCUGCUGAUUGAUAGCCGCCCUUUCGUGGAGUACAACACCUCCCACAUCCUGGAGGCGGUCAACAUCAACUCCUCCAAGCUCAUGAAGAGGAGGCUGCAGCAAGACAAAGUCUUGAUCACGGAGCUCAUUCAGCACUCUGCCAAGAAGAAGCUGGAGGUGGACAGCAGUCAGGAGGUGGUGGUGUACGACCAGAGCUCGGCAAACAUGGCAUCUCUUUCCUCUGAGGCCUUCCUCACUGUCCUGCUGGCAAAGCUGGAGAAGAGCUUCCACUCGGUCCACCUCCUCACCGGUGGUUUUGCAGAGUUCUCCCAUUAUUUCCCCGGCUUGUGCGAGGGGAAAUCUGUGCUGGUGCCCUCCUGCAUCUCCCAGCCCUGCCUUCCUGUGGCCAAUGUCGGCCCCACUCGCAUCCUGCCCCAUCUGUACCUCGGCUGCCAGAGGGACGUGCUCAACAAGGAUCUGAUGCAGCAGAAUGAUAUUGCAUAUGUUCUAAACGCCAGUAACACCUGCCCAAAGCCGGAUUUCAUCCCCGAGUCCCAUUUUCUCCGAGUGCCAGUCAACGACAGCUUCUGUGAGAAGAUCCUGCCCUGGCUGGAUAAGUCUGUGGAGUUUAUAGAGAAAGCUAAAGCUUCAAAUGCACGUGUUUUGGUCCACUGCUUGGCUGGAAUUUCAAGGUCUGCCACAAUUGCUAUAGCUUACAUCAUGAAAAGAAUGGACAUGUCCCUGGAUGAAGCAUACAGGUUUGUGAAGGAGAAAAGACCUACUAUCUCCCCUAACUUCAACUUUCUGGGGCAGCUUUUGGAUUUUGAGAAAAAAAUUAAGAAUCCCUUGGGGCCAGUGGGGACCAUUACCAAACUGAAGUUUGUGCACUUGGACAAGGCCAGUGACUCACUCUCAGGACAAGAAUCUGGAAGCAGCUGUGGGAGCUCAGGAACCCCCCUGAGCUGUGCCUUCUCCACAGAGAGCACAGACCAGAGCCUGAAAGAACCACUCACGCUGACCUGCUCGUUUGCCGAGUCCUUGGGUUUUAGUAGCACGGAGGAGCGCCUUUUGGCCCAAGGGCUGAAUGGCCUCCACCUUCGCACAGAGACCGUGGAGGACAGCAGCAAGCUGAAACGCUCCUUUUCCCUGGAUAUUAAGUCAUACGGGGCAGGCAGUAACGGUGCCUUGCGCAGCUUUGCCUCCACCGAGGAGAAUCUAGAGUACUACAAACCGUCCGCCUUCAAGGAGGCCAGUAAACCUUGCCAGUUCUCCCCUGUGGAGGAGGUCUCAGAACAAACGACACCUGAAAGGAGUCCUGACAAGGAACAGGCGGGUUCUCUGGACCAAAGCAGCAGCAGCAGCAGCAGGCAGCCCAGUCUUUCCAAGCCCUCACCCCGGUCACACCUCCAUCCGCUUCACCGGAGUGGCAGCAUGGAGGACAACUGCAAAACUACCAAUUUUCUGUUCGGCUUGUCCAGUAGUCAGCAGCAUCUGGCUCAGCCUGGCAGUGGGGUCGGUCUCAAGGGCUGGCAUUCAGACAUCCUGGCUCCCGUCACUGCCACCUCCUUGGCCAACAGCUGGUACUUUUCCCCCGAGUCCUCACGCUUCUAUUCCACCUCAGCCAUUUUUGCUGGAGGAGGGGGGCCCGGAUACUCGGCCUACAGCUGUGGACAGCUGUCGGGGUUCGAGCAGGCGGGCUGCGUGCGGCGGCGGCAGAAGAACGGCGACAGGGGAGACUCGCGGCGCAGCUGGCACGAGGAGAGCACCUUUGAAAAGCAGUUCAAGCGACGGAGCUGCCAGAUGGAGUUUGAGGAGAGCAUGUCUGAGAGCCGCUCCCGGGAGGAGCUGGGAAAAGUGGGCAGUCAGUCCAGUUUCUCGGGCAGCAUGGAGAUCAUCGAGGUGUCCUGAGAGUCAGGCGUCGGAAGCCAGUCUGAAGAGUCGGGUUUGUGUUCUGCACUGCUGGGGCGGUACAGUGGAGGAAGGGGGGAGUGAAGGUCACCCUCUUUGUUUUUCUUGUACUGUUGAACUGAAAAAAAAUCUGCUAUUCAUGAUUUGACCCAAAUUUGGUCUCAUUCAAUUAUUAAAUAUAAUAUCAGUUCAAAUUGUUAUAGCUGUGAAACAAAAACAAUAUUCUACUCUUUGGCUGCUUUCAGCUGACUACUCAAAAAUGAUUUUUCAUUCAAGUCAUUGCAAGACUAAUUGAAAUGAGUACAUAUACUUUUUAAUGUGUGUAUAUAUGUUUAUAUGCAUAUGUGCACACAUAGCUAUGAAUAGAACAUCACCUCCUUCUGAAUACAUCACAACACAAACGAUCUGCUUAGAAAUUUGACUGGUUAUUUUUUCAAUCAUUUCCACAUUUUUACAAAGACUGAGCCGUAAAGAUUUUUCUUUUGUUUUUUAUGUAUGUAUAGUCAUUUUUCCUCACUUUCCUUUUAAUCUCUUUCGUGAUUCUACACAAUCUUGAAUGGCCAUGGUGCAUCACAAACUCAUACCAAUUCAUAGAGCCUAAUCUGAAGCACAAAUUAAAACGUGACUCUCUACAGUAAGA